UCCUCACCCCAGUCCCAGUCCCCGCUGGUCCCCACAGCACCGUUCCCGAGUAGUGCCUCCCUCCCUCGGUGCCAAAAGCUGCGGAGAUUAGGGAGUGUCAGGGGACCAGGGACAUCUUUGCCUGCACAGAAGUGGGGAUGCAGGGCCUGUUCCUCACAGCACUGUCACCUGGCGUGGCACAGACACCGAACAAGAAGGCGGAUUCUGCCUCAAAAUCUCACGCCGUGAACGCAGGCAGGCGGCACCUGCUGUGCCUCAGGCCGUUUCCCUGCCCGAGCCGAGCUGCUGCCCAAACAGUCCUUUUAACCCAGCUCCGGCUGGGUGUGUUUAAAUAAACAGGAGGUUCCCCAACACCCUUCCCUCGGGUCCCGAGCUGCUCAGCAGCGCUCGGCACCCAGCACACCCCAGAAAUGCGCUUCCUUCCCCGCCUCGGCCUCUCGGCCGCCCUGGCCGUCGCCGCCUUCCUCAGCUGGAGGCUGCUGCUCCAGACCCCGGCCCGCAGGCACGCAGGUGACCUGGCCCCCAAGGCAGAGGAGGGCUUCACUUUGACACUGGACACCUUCCUUCACGUCCAGCAGCUCAGGAAAAGGAGACUGAGAGAUUUCUGCAGCCAAGCAGGCAAAGUCAGCACACUGCCAAGCAACCGAGACAAGAGAGCCUCCCUGCUUCCGAGUCUGAGGGUGAACACCAAGCUGGAUCUCCUCUACUGCCAAGUGCCAUCAGCAGGGGUGGAGGAAUGGCAUCAGCUUUUGGAGAAGCUAGAGGAGGAAAAUGUGACGCUGCCAGUGCUGCUCCCCUACCACCAGCUGCACACCAAGGAGACACGGCUGAGCGAGUUCAACCAGACGGAGAUAAAGGCCAUGCUGGGGUCUUACACCAAAGUGCUGUUUGUCAGGGACCCUUUCCACAGGCUGAUCGCCACGUUCCUGCAAGGCAUGGGCAUCAGCCCAUCCUUCAGCAGCUUCGUCCAGGAAGUCCUAGACAGUGGAACGCACAACGGCAGCAUGGCUUGGAAGCCACUGGUCAGCCUGUGCCGGCCCUGCCUCAUCCAGUAUGACUAUGUGGUAAUGUUUGGCUUCCUCAGGCAGGAGCUGGGCCACCUGCUGCACCGGGCUGGGCUGCCUGCAGGCAGCCUCCUCCCCGAGCUCACCGACAGCCAGGUGCAGUGGACCUACAGGUGGUUGUCAGAGCAGAUGUUCAGCGAGCUGUCUGCCCAACAGAAGAAGCGGCUGUCUCAUUUCUACCGCUGGGACCUUGCUGCUUUCCCAUUGUCUAGCAGUUUCCUGUCAGACCAUCCCAGCACCGUGGAGACCUGGCAGAAAUAGCCCACACUGAGGAACUGUUUCAGGGAGCAUUAAUCCAUAGGCAAGUGCUUCAAGAUACUGACAGGCCUUUGCUUCCCAGCUGCUUGCAGUGAGGUUUUCCAUGUCACAGUCCAAAAGACCCAUCAGAGAGUUGAGACACACCACUGCCAGGGAUGGGGGAUCAAUGUGGUCAAAUCAUGUUUAAACAUGACAAGAGCAGGCACUAGUGAAACUUGUGGCACUGGACUUGGAAAACUGCAUGAACUGAACUGCGAUGGGAUAAACCCAGCAGUUUGGGGUAGGGUGGGUUGGACCUGCUGCAAACCACUGUAGCAUCACACAUGCUGUGCCCAUGCUGACAUUUCCUUUUCUGGGCUCCAUGUUGGGCCAAGAGGUUUGGCAAUGGCCUCUUCCUGACAAAUCUUCCCACUCAGAUACAAGAAAUGCUCCCAGAGGAGCAUGUCAGCUGGAGGCUGAGAUAUGACACAGGGUGGCAGACCCUGCUGGGGAAUCACUGGCAAUGUUCCCACUCUUUUCAUGCUCAGGGAGGGUAAAGCCUAGCCCAUCAUUUGGUCUUUUCUGUUCUGUGUGAACGGUUCCUGUUUUACAGCCUCAUCCCCUAUGUGUGGGUCCCUGGGGAUGGGACCCCAAUGCUUGCUCCAUUCACACGUUUUGGGUUUGGCUCCCCUCCUUCCAGGGCUGACUCCAGUGGGCCAAGGCCAGCAUUCAGCUCAGUGCAUUAUCCCUGAGACAAGGAAGUGUCAGUGUGGAUCAGGUACCAGCCACAGCACCAGAAAGACUGCCUCCCACCUUGUGGCAGCAACUGGUGGGCCCUGUGGAGGUGGCUAGAAGCAUCAGAACACAUCACUGUGCUGCUAUGGAAAACAGGAUGUGGCUACUACAGGCUCCUGCUGGCAGAGAAGCAUGAGGACUGACUGCUUUCUUUUGGACUUGGCUGCCAGCAUAGCCAGACAGAGGCCCAAUCUCUCCAGCUGGCUCACAGCUUCAUCCAGCUGGGCAGCCCAGUGCAAUCACCCACCCUCUCUCUGCCUUGGUCACUGAGCUGAUCUGACU